AUGGCGGACGGAAGUUGCGAUAGGGACGAUUUUGCUCAGCAAGAAACAUCUUUGAGCAGCAACCAGGCUGUCUUUCCAGAUGAAGAAAUUAAGCAAGAAGUUAAGCAAGAAGUAUCAACUCCUAUUCCUGGCUUUCCACCGUUGUUUCAGUUCGCGAAGGUGCAAACAGAAGCCUCUUCAUGGACUUCCACUUCGUCGACAACAACAACUGCUACAAGUUGUGGAAGCUAUGCAACGUUAGACACAGAGACUAACGAGCAGCCAACAAGUUCAGAAACAGUUAAUGCUGUUGAAUCAAGCUCUAUGGAUGGAUUGGGGUUGUCAAGUAUUAGUGAAGCUUCUGAUGUUGCUGCAAUGCAAGAAGAAUCGUCUUUGGGCGACGACAAAGUUAACGAGGAGGGUGACAAAGAUGAUGGUAAAGAUGGUGAGGAGGUGGCAAACGACGAACCGGAUGAAGAAGAGAUUGAAUCUGAUCCUUAUUUUUACAUUAAACGGGAUGAAUUUACUUCAGAGAUCUACAAGAUUGAACUGCAAAAUUUACCAAGGAAGUGUGGCUACAAGGUAAGUCACUGCAUCUGUACUCGUAGAAUGCGUGAAAAGAGGAAAAGGAUCAAAAUAAUCUUUACAAAGGGCCACAAAUAACUAUUUGAAUAAGAUACCAAGAUGGAUGAUAUUGAAAUCAAACCUUAAUAAGAGCAUCAAAAGGAUUUCAUUGGUAGAAAAGGCGCAUUGAGAUUUUUGAAUCCACCAUACUUGUAAAGUGUAUGUAUAAGUGUGUUAUUUAACAAUUAAUGAAUGAGGCUGAGUAUCUUAUGAAGAAUAUUAUGGAGAUCGAGGAGGGUGUUAUCCGAGCGGAUAACGCCCUCCGAUAUCUGCAUAAUUCUUCAUAUGAUAUGAAAGCCAAAUUCAAUAACUGUUUUAUUAUUCAUUCAAAAUUAUUCCUAGUUUAAAAGCAAAGCUAAAACAUGCUUACCUCCAUCGAUGUGAAGUUCACCUUCGAUAGUGCAUGUUUAGGGUUGUUCAGCUCCACAAAUAUUCUCCAAAUAACAGAUGUCACCCUUCGAGUUGUGUUCUUGCUGUUCAUGCCAUGUUUUUAGCCAUAAUUUUGCCUAGUUCUUACUCUUGAAACAAUUGAAAUGUCUGCUAUUUUUUGUUUUACAACCAAAACAACUCAACGUCGACCCCAGGUCUUCUCGGUUAACAGUGCAUUAACCUGCAAGAACACUGCAUUUUUGACGUCAUCUCCUCGUUAAACACAAAAUUCUUCCAAAUUUGGUCAUCAGUAACUGGUUAUGGUGACUUAUGUGUGGGCCUUUAGCCAGUCAGAAUCGGGGAAAUAUUUUGAAUGAAUAAUAAUAUUUUUUAUUUCUCUCCCAUGGCAUAAAUACUGUAGCUGUUAUCUUAGAUGGGUUUUUUAAUGAUUUAUAACACAAAUUGCAGCAGGAAUGAGCCAUAAACCAUGUUUUCCACUCCACUAGAAAACAAUAAGACAUGCAAUGAGGGACAAAAGUGUUGACACACUUCCGUAAAAUGGCCCCUUUUUGCAUAGUGGAUAUACUUAUCCCCUUCCCCUGUCUACCCCAACCCCUUCCCCCCAAAAUCAAUGUUGAAUUUUGGACCCUCAAAUCUUUUUUUUACUUCAGACAACAUUGAUUCGGGGGGUCGGGGGAUUUACGGCCUUUAAAAGGAAUGAAAUAAUAAAUGAAUUAAAUGUUUGUUAAAAGCACCCCUUUUCAACAAGUGUGUCAACUACUUUUGUCCCUGAUUGUGGCUGCUACUAUGUAUGUUGCGAUACAUGUAAGUCACUGAAAAAUCUGAGCUUUAUGUGUUAUUCAAAGCACACGCAAAACACAGGUGUACAGUUGAAACUGGUCUACAGGUCUAGCAUAGAAUGACCAAAUUUGGUGACUUGUCUGACACAUACCCAUUCAGAACCUACAUUUUGCAUUUGUACAUACUUAUAUGAAAGGAAUUUGUAUAAGCCCAGAUGAUCAAUCAACAUUUUUCUUGUUCUUACUCAGCAAUUCAAGAAAAUGAUUGCUAACCGGCUCAACGUGAGACCAGUGAAGGUGAAAUUGCCUCCAGGAGCAACCCAUGCUUAUGUGACUUUCAGGUACAGUGUACCUUUAAUAUUAAUUUACCAUAUAUGUUGUAGUAGAAACAAUACUUUGUGUGCAAAGGGCAUGAAAUUAGCUUUUAUUUUGCAGGAGUCAAGUAGUUCCUAAAUACAUGUGUAUUUCAAAGUAAUAACCAAAUUCAACAAGUUGCAAUUAUUGUUACCCUUGUAGAGGCAACACUUUCUCAGGUUAAAUCAGUAUUUUAACCCUAGGCCACCAUAGUGAGAACCCAUGCAAAAAGUUAACCCUGCACUGUCCAGGUGUAAUGGUUUGAUUAUAUGUACUUGUUUUACCUGGGAAUGGAUUUUAUCUAAGACCACUAUAGCCACUAGGUUUUUAAAUUAAUAAUAAAAUAGAUGGUUUUACAUGGGGCUUGUUUGAUUGACCAUAGAAAUCACUUGCUCUGGCAUUCAUUGCAUAGCAAUAUCUAGAAUUCUUCUAAAAAUAAAAUUAAUUUUCUGAUCGUGAUGAAUGCGGUAUUCUAGUGGGCCAUAAAAUCACAAUAUAAGAUUGAAUGCACCCUUAGACUAGUUCCAGCUCUAGCAUUAAGAGUUUUUUUAAUCCAAAUGAUGCUAGUUUAUUAGCCAGCAUCUCAAAUGUGUUAACCAUGAGGGUCAAUAUCACAAAGAUUAAUGGUAAGUGCUACAUGACUUGUGCAAUUGACCAUCUCCCUUAUGGACCACCUUUUAAUGUUGGCACUUUUCUAUUACAGACUGUUUUCAUGAUCCAAAAGAUACCAGAAUAAUGUCAUACAGCUUCUAGUACAGCUGUAGCUUGUAUGACAGGCAUUUGUGAUAAUGACAACAAGCAUUACAUGGCUACAAUUUUCUGAACUAAAAAAUUUAUUAUUCUUUACUCCAUUUAGGAAUGAAGAGGAAAGGCGGGUGAGAUGCUCUUUGUAUUCUUCUGCAGUGUACUGUCUGUAUUCUACUCAUAUCACUGUGUAGUAAAUUGAUUUAAUGCAAGACAACUUUAAUGUGAGUUCUUUCUUUCAGUUGGCUAUCAGAUCAUUAUCAGGACACAAGUGGAAAGGAAAAGUGCUUUCUGCCAAGGUACAUGUAUAGUGUAUUAUCAAGAUGUGAUAUGGUAGCUAUUAAGUUAUCAAGAAGUGGUCAUUAUACAAGGCAAACUGAACUGAAAAUUAAUUGAUUCACUCAGUUUUCUAACCCUAAUCAUUCAACUUCAGAGUUGUUUGGUGUUUGGUGGCCAUUAUUUUGGUUUUCUGCAAAAUUCUCUUUAGUGCAAAAAAAUUGCUUUAAUUAGCCACCACUGAAAUUAUUGUUUGAGGUUUAGCAGUGAGGCAAUGCGUCGGCAACCAGCCAAUAUCACCAUCAAGUCUAAGGGUAAUUUUCCACUGGCUGAGUGUAAUGAAUUAAGUGGAAAAUGUUUUUCUCACACACCGCUGGGAGCCUGGGUAUAGGUCAUGUGACUGAAGGGCGGGCAGUUGCUUUUGUUGCGUCCGCCAUUACUGACCUUCCCACCCACCCACCCUAUGAUUUCAGUUUUGUAUGCUGUUAAAUGUACGGUGCAACUUUGUAGUUUUUGUUAGUGUCCUACCUUUCUAAGGUUAUGAUAUGUAUGCAUUUUUUGAGUUUAAAAUAAAGGUCAGGCUGCGGCGGUCGGCUUGGCAUGGCUACCAGUGGUGUGUGAGAAGCAGAAGUUUACAUGUGGUUUGAAAUAAACCUAAUAAUGUGGGUGAGGAAAGGUGCUUUUUUCAUGGCUGAAAAUUCUUUCCCUGGUUUUUCAAAAUGAACUGAAAUGCCUUUUUCAGGAACCCCCCAAAAACUUAAGAUUUUCUAGUGGCAGCAGGGGUUUCAUUAAAAAUUGAAGUUGCCAGCAGGUUUGAAUAGAGUAACUGACUGUAAUUUUUCAGAUUCCUCAAAUGCGAUUUUCAGUGUGUUCUGCGCACUAAACUUGGGACAAGAUAGGGUGUUUUUCAUUCAAGAAAAUGUAACUUUCAUUCAACUUUCGAUUUAUCAGUCACACAACCAAUUCCUACCACCAAUGAACGAAGUGAUGAAAACUAAAAGUCUCUACAUACUUUUGCCCGUAAGCAAAUUCUGUGUAAAUCUACAGUAUAAAAAAACUUGUGAAACAUUGACUGAAAUCUAGUGUUCGCAUGACUGAAGCAUCCCGUAAAAUCAGUGGUCCUUUAUGAAAAUACAUCAUAAUUAUGUUUUUUUUUCAGAUGUUAUGCCCCCCUCUUAACCCUACCCAGUUAUGCUGACAUGUCUUUUGAUCUAUGCUGCAAUUAGAUGCUAUCUAGCCUUUUUAAAUUUUUUUUUUUGGAUAACCCUGUCUGUAUCAAGUUACAGCAUUUAUUUAUGUGAAUUGCACAGUCUGGUAUAAAAUAUAUUAUUUGUUGUCAAACAGUAUUCCUUGCAAGGUUUUCAGACCAGACAAUUUUAAUUCAUCUGUUCAUUUUUUUUUUCUAGACUGCUCAGCCUCUACCUGAUCCACUUGCCGUUCAAAGAGCUGAAGGAAUGGCAAGAAAAAGGAUGAUUCAAGGUUAGCACAAGAGUUAAGCUUAUGUGCUGUAAUAAUAUAUCAGCGUGCAUAAAAUAAUGUUGCUCUCUCUUUGUUAAAGAUGUCAAUUCAUUCUUGAUCACUUCUGUGGCUUUUAAUUCUCAUGACCCUUUUCCAUAACAUUGAUGCUUCUCAAGUUUCUACAAAUUCCGAUGUAGAGACUAAAAAAAUAAUAUUAUUGUGAUCCAUCUUUUAGUGUUGCAACAGCUAAAUUCUGGAACAUAUUAUCAGUGGACUGGAUCUUCAGAAAAGCAUUUUCAGUUGUUUUUUUUUUGACAAAAUAAGUCAUUUUAAUCUUCUUUUUCAAGUUCCCUUCUCUUCCCUUUCUGUAGAGCAAAAGAGGGGGAGAUGCCCUGGUCUGUUCACGUGUGUGUGAUAGUUAAUCUAAAACACUACAAAUUAAAGGUUUUAUGAAGGGAAGGAGUUUUACGUGUAGUUUCAGGAGAGUGUAAAGUGUCGAAAAAAACGUUUUUUCACAUUUUUCAGGUCAUUGUAUUGUUGGUAAUUGAUCCCUUAGACUCUGAAAAUACCUUGUAUCUUGACUACCAAAAUGACUGCCCUCCAUUGUCAUGGUCAAAAGGAAAGAUGCCAGAAACUUUGUGGAGAUCAAUGGUCUUAGUUGACAGAAUCAUAAUUACCUGCAUAAGUUGAAUGGAAAGGCUGAUCAGUAUAGAGGAUUGUAGGGUUAAUUUGCAGGAUUGGAAAAAAAAUUAUUAUUCAAGCUCUGCUUUGUUACACUAACAGAUGCUGCUCGUUCAAAUAUUGAUGCCAAGAGGAUUAAAGUAGAUGAUAAUGAUGAGGGUGAAGAACUUGCUAUUUCAGUCAGGUAAAAUUUACUUCUUCUGAUGGAUUCUGUUGCUGAAGCUGCCAUUAAAACUUGUCAGCAUGCUGUCAAUGCCAAUUUUAUACCUGCUUCAAAUUUGUGGAAAAUCUUCAAAGUACUUUGUGUUAUUAAAUAUGAGUUAAAAGAAAGCAGUGCAAUAAUGCAUGGUUCAAUUUGACCUGUUACUCCCCCGGCAUACCCCUGGGGAUUUGCAAUUUUUUCCUUUCUUGGUGGCGUAUUCCCCACCCCUGGGCAUGUAAAAAGAGACAAUUUCCCGCCUCUGAGCAUCUGAUUGACCUCGUGUAUGUUUCACGUAAUUUUUUUUCUUAGGUAAAUUUAAUUUUUCACUAGGUACAUUUUUUUACCCCAGGUAAUAUUGCACCACAAUAGUGCCGUUUUAACUAAGAAAAAUAAGACGCAUCCUAAAUAAGACUCAAACUAUCCCGUAUAAACGGCUCCUUUUUUAUUUGGAAUUUUAAAAGAUACUUUCAAAUACAGACUUUAAUUUAUUCUGAUAGGUUAUUCCUCUCCAACCACUUUCCAACAAAUUCCUGCGUUUGCCCUUUAAAAUACGUAGUCUUGAAGUCCUCAGCUAUCGUGCAAACUGCGAUUUGCCCCACCCCCUACCUCUGGGACAGGGCCCGUGGACAUCCUCCAUCCGCUAGGCUGAAGGGCUGGAAUUGUCCUGGGAGUUGCUUGAGGUGGGGGCGUUGGGAGGGGCAGAGGUUGGGGUAUUAUUGGUAACAGGUAAAACUGAACACUCUACAGGCACUACGAAAGUAUUGUUUUUCAAGUGUACCCCUACUGAAGAGGUAUGUCUGUGUAAAUGUCAGUUUGGAAAGUCCAAACUCCAUUUUGAAUUCUUUCUGUUCCCAGGUUGAACCAUGUUGUCACUCCAUUGUGGAACCAGCCUUACAGUCAACAGAUGGAAGUAAGUAAACUCCGAUAAUUUGUGUGUAUGUUACACUGUACUGGUGUUUUAAAACCUGUACAUAUCAAGUGAUACAUACAUACAUGUAUUACAAUUACACUACAUAUGUGUAUUACUGUAAAUAAAUAUUACAUACAUGUAAUUUAUUAAUUUUUAUUGUACCUUAAUUAAUAUUCAUUUUUACUUUCAAAAGUUAGUUCGUGAUAAUCUGAUUAAAACUGUGAAAGGUUGAAAAUCUGAGUAAAGCUGAUUAUCAUCAACAAGUGCAAAACGUUUCCAUGCACAUGUGCAUGUCUUGUGUAGACAUAUUAACUAACUCCGCAGUGUUAUUUUGUCAUACACAUGUACAUGAAUAGCAUCUGAAUUCUGUUUCAAAAUUAAACAUCCAUUAAUAGUAUGUCUCAUAGAAGACAGUCAUGUCAAUUUGUCUAUUAGGUGUCCAUUUUGUACCAGGAAUCAACCCCAGGUGUCAGUUUUAGGGGUAUGUCACUCUUGAAGAUGUCUCUUCUUAAGGGAUAGUUGACUUCAACACUAAAUCUAUUAUUAGUUCUGAUGAAAGUUCUAACAUACAUGUAAGAAAGGUUUCUGGCUGACAAAAAUGAACUUGCACUGUUUUUGCCUUUUACAAAUGUAGAUGAAGAAGAAAAAUAUGGUGGAAAUUUUAAAAAAGCUCACUAAGAAGCUAAAAGCCAUAAUGGUGCUGAAGGUGAUUAGAUAUGAUAACAUUAUUUCAAUUACGCAUUUUUAAUUAAAAAUCAUUGUAGUUAUCAGCUUUGUUUGAUCGCAAAAGGAUGCAAUUUAUUUUAUGGUUUUUAUACAAGGUAUGUUUUAAUAAAUUGAAGACAUCUACACUGACUGUAUACAUGCACAUGUAUGUCCGACCAAGUCUUGCUUAAGUACAGUCGAACCUCCACUCGCGACCACCUCUCCACAAAGGCCACUUUUUCUGUGGACAGGCUUUACACUGAACAUUGACUCUUAUUUAAGCCUCUUUCCAUAUGCCACUUUCUUCUGUCCCCAAGGCUGGCUGUUGUAGAGAGGUUCAACUGUACCAUUAGGUAGAUCUAUGUUGCGCUUCAAAGUGAAAUUCAUAUUUAUUAACCAGUUUCAAACUAGUUUGAUUCUCAAUUUCUUUUGUCACCUAGCCUCAAUUAUUUAUGAUCAAAAAUAAUCACGGCUAGUAACCUAAGGAAACUACAGUAAGACUCCAACUGUUUGAAACCUUUUAAACCUGAAUUUCAUUUUAGUGUACAUAUACAACAUCUACUCCUUCGAGGGGAUAGUCUUUCUUAUUAGGUCUGUCCAGUUGUCAUGUCUGACAACAUGUAGGAUUUCAUCAAACCGACUGUACUUUGUCAGAGUGAGAAACAUAACAGACUAUUAAUUUUUUGAAAUGAAUACAGCUCUAUAAUGUCUUUCAAGUUGAAAGCAAACAUUAUAAUCUUUGAAUGGCAUAAUAUUAUUAAUUUAUUUAAGACUUCAUGUAAUGUUGUAGAUCUGUUCAUGCUUACUUCAAUCCUAAGGUUUUGGCUAUUAGGGAUAGGACAAGUGUCCACUUCAUAUUGGGUGUUUUCUUUGAAAUUAUCUCUCAUGCAGUGGUCGACUUUGCUUAUUCUUUGAAGUUGUACUUAUCAUGUCUUUUUCAUUCCUUAGAACAACUGGGUUGAAGAAGAAAGGUAAGUGGGAAUCAAAGAGCCACUACAUGCAUUCUUCAUUAUAUAUUUUUUUUGCAGCUGAAAAUACUGUAAAUGCGAUUACAUGUAUUUUGUUGUUUUUAAUUCUCUUUGCAGUGCCAAGAGAGAUGGGCUUUGUUGUGAACUGCUUGAUUGUGUUGAAUCAGUGAGUAUUUAUUUAAAAUAAUGAUCUUGUGUCUGUUUUGAUAUAGCUGUAAAAAGGCAAAGGAUUGCAAAAACUGCAAGCAGUAAUUUUUAUUUCUGUUGUUGUGUCAUGAACACCCCCAAAAAAGCUUACAUCAUAGAAAAUAGAAGCAAGACAGUAAUUUCCUUAAUCUUCCAUUCUUCUAAUCCAAGAGUAAAAUUUAUUACAGAUUGAACUAAAUUUCUUAGAAAAUAAUCUGCUUGUGAGCCAAAAACUAAUAAUAAGAGUAGUUUGAGUAGUUUGGGUAAUCAAGCAAAAGUAAUUGUUACUUGCAAACCCCUUGAAGAUGAACAAGGAACUGAAGCUGAAUAAUCCUCAUUGUACUUACCAGUGUCCUUGUACAAUAAUACUGUCAUCAUUUUGGAAGUAACCAACCUAUGGGGAAUACACUUGUGAACAGUUCACAAUUAUUGGAUGAGACUGAUGAUGAUCUAAAGAAUUACGCAUGUCAGCCUGCUAAUGCAACCUCAUACCCAGGGUUUCUCGGUCGUGGUCCCUUUUUCUGGCUACUGUACAGAUGUAUAUACUGUACCAUUGAUGUCGUUGUCACCAGUUGCAAAAUUACAAUGCAGGGUGUUCAUUAGGGAUCAGAGAUCAGAGAAUUCUCCUUUUUCUACACAGAAGUCUCUUUUUAACUUUCCAUAGCCUAUGACCAUUAAUUUUUUUUUCUCAGAUGUGGAGCCUCUUUCAAAAUGUUCUCCUGUAACGUUACACCUUUCUCCUGCUGCUAGAAUUCUUAAUGAAAACCCUGCAAAUGUCUUCCUUAUUUGGUCAAUGUUAGCUGGUUAUACUGAAUUAGCCCAGGGAAAUUAAGCCAGUCAGAAACAGAGAAAUGUUUUGAAUGAAUUCAAAUAAUAAUUAACUUUGUCAACCCCAAAGUAAUUGACAUGGGGUUGCUGCAUUCUCCAUCCUCAGCUGUUACUUUGUACAGCUGUUGUUAUAGACAUUUCAAAGGUCCUUAAGUACAGUUGUACAUGAGGCUUAAACCUUCCUUCUCUACAAUGAAGUUCAAUUAAAAAUGUGAUGGGCAAAACUCUGCAUGAAGUCCGACCUCAUCCCAUCAUUAAUUUUGCUUUGAAAUAUUUCAGCCUGUUCUUGACGGCUAUCGAAAUAAGUGUGAGUUCACAAUUGCUGAAGGCCCUGAUGGAGGUAGGUUAAGUGUGCGUUCAACAGCUCACGAACCUCCACAAUGCUCAUGUACAUAAAGAGCUAACUGUAUAAUGGGUGACAGGGCUGUUUUUCAAGUGAAGGAUUUGUUCAAGACUGAUGUCAAAACUGUAUGUACACACUGAUUUUGACUUUAUUUAUAUACCCGUAAAGAUUGAUGGCAUCUUUACAGCUUCAGUUGGUAAUAUCUCCUUCAGUUGUACAUGUACGAGAUAUUAAAUUAUUUUUUUUGAAAGCACCAAAGGCCUCAUAAUUAGUAUUAUUCAUAUUCAGCAUUGCCCCUAAUAUUCGUAGUAUUUCUGUUUUUUUUUUAAUAUGAUAUUAUUGGGAGAAAAGGAUGCCUUUUUGAGAGAAAUUUCAGAGAAGAGAAUUUUUUUGAUCAAAUAGCAUAAUUCCCAGCAAAUUGGAUCUCCCAACAGUUGAUCCAUCCUGCAAAAAGUAAUGCUAUUUGCAAGUUGGCCCUUAUAUACAAACUCCACAAAACAUAAAAAAAUGUCCACUCUUGCAUGGUAUUUCCACAGGGAUUCCAAACAAUAUUGCACAUAUUUGCACAGUUUUUUAGAAGGUGAUGCUCUUUUGUGUACGAUUACAUCAAAACCACUGACUUUAAGCCAUUUUCUUUCUCUUUUUUUGUGGCGAGCAUGGGUUGUGCAUUGGUGAGAGCUCUCGCCUCGCACCAAUAUGGGUGGGGUUCAGAUCCUGGUUUGUGGGUUGAGUUUGUUGUUAAUUUUCUCCCUUGUUCUGAGAGGAUUUUUCUCCGGUUACUCUGGUGUUCUCCUUAAAAACCAACACUUCCAAAUGCCAAUUCGAUCUGAAUGCACAGACACUUUUAAAGGAGUUUUUAAGAACUUCUAAGUACUCCAUGGGUAAACAAAUAAUUUUAUUUUUAAUUAUUUUUAACAAGUUUUGAUUUUUUAAUGUCUUUUCUCUUGUGUAGCUAAAACUGUUGGAUUCCGCCUUGGGUCAUAUAAAGGUAAGCCAAGCUCUUUUGAGUUAUUUUCUGUGCUGGGAACAGACUGUUUGUCAGUUUUGUUAAUUAAUACUCAAAAUGAUAAAUUCAAGACAAGGCAGCAGAGUGAUUGUCUGUUAAGGAACAUUUUGAAAACACACCUGAAAGAUAUGGUACCAGAACUUGGCUCAAACUCAUUUUCAUCCUAAGCAAGCCCUAGGAUUUCAAAUCCCAUGGAUAGCAAUAAAUUCUUCUUUUCAUCGCUGAAGAUGUGCGGUCAGGACUUCUGAGAACAUGAUCCAGUAAACAGGCUGGGCAAGGCGUGAACUCAGGUUCUCCAGGUUCCUGGAUCCCCUUAAGAAAAAUUUAAUACUGUGAAUACCUCCAUCAUCUCCAAAGGGAAGUCACCCCAGGGUACAAGUAUUUAACCCUCAACCCAAAUUAAGUUGAUACAAGUACUGGAUUUAAUAUUAAUUUAUAUUAGGGCAUGGUUUGAAUCCAGGAGUCUUGUCAUAAGUAGGGGGAGUUUGGUGGCUUGAGCGAGUAUAAUCCUGAAUAUAAUAGGUCUAUGGGUGCUCGUUGCUGAGGUUUUGGCAAUCUGAUGAUUACUGCACAGGUUGUUAAGCCAUAAGGAGUCAGUCAUUGUCUUCAGGACUAAUAACUUUAACAGACAAUAAAAUAUUAUUGUCCUCUCUAUUUUACCUUGUUCUUGCAGAGGGUUACAGUGGAGUAGUUGAGCCUUCUCAAUGUAUCCACAUUUCAGAAAAGGCCAAAGUCAUCGCUAAGGUAUGGAAUUUGUGAAAUUAAGAAGGCUUCAGUUUGUGCAAGACUAUUCCCCUCACUCCAAUAGACAUUUAUAUGACAUGUAUAUUACGAGCAACAUAGGUUGCGUUCGAUUGGGAAAUCCGGAUGUAGAUUUUGAAAUCCGGAUUUCACCUCCGAGAAAUCCGUCCUCAGGGUGGAUUUCAAUUAAGAAAUCCAAAUCCGGGUUUCAAGGAUUUCCUUUUUACCGUUCGAUUGGGAAAUCCAAAAAAAAGAUUUGCAACACUAUUCUUGUGAACAGCAGUCUUCUUUUUGCUGAUUAUGCGUGGGCGUGCAAGACGGCUGUUCUAAGGGACAGUUUUUCAAUUCCUUUUUCAGAUUUCCCAAUCGCAUGGAAAAAAGGAAAUCCAAAAACAGAUAUUUCAGCAUUGAAAUCCACUCCCGGAUUUCGUGUUUGAUUGCAAAUCCGAAAUCCGGAUUUUAAAAUCUAAAUCCAGAUUUCCCAAUCGAACACACCCAUAUUGGAAGUUAUGGCACCAAAUCUUGUAUAAACUUUCAAUUCUCUCUUUUCUCUGUCACAUCAUCAAAAAUAAAAAUGCAAACCAUUCAAUACAGAAAGUCUAGAAUCUGGGAAAUUAAAGUCUUUAAUUGAAAUAAAAGGUAGAAGUUGUAAUUUGUGGCAUUAUGUUGAAAACUGAGAACCAUAAUGUUUUGUUGCAGGCAUUUGAGAAUUACAUCAGGCAGUCUCCGUUGCCUGUGUAUGAUCUCUGCUUUCACACAGGGUAAGUUAAUCUUAAUAGUAGUGUAGGACUUGUUUGAAUUGACUAGACAAUGAUCUCUAUGUUGACAUUGGGCUGCUUGGUUUGUUUAAGUUAAGUAAGAGUCUUGAAAGUAGUAGUCCUCAUUUUUAAUUUUUUUUUAAUUCCUGGCUAGUGUACUGUAUAAAGGUAACUUUGAAAUAACUAUGGAAAGGGUCCCAACUGUGUUUUGCUUAUGAAAAUGGCUUGGCAGUGUGGCUGAGUGGUCCAAGUGAUACUCUGGCUACAGAGAGGCUUUGAGUCCAAGCAAGCGUGAUUUGUUCUCAUAAGUCCUGAGUUCAUAUUCUCAGCUAUGCUUGCUAAAAGACAACUUCUUCGUCUCCAGCCAGUUAGGAUUCUUAACCUUGCUAGUCAAGAGGGGUUUGUUCAUUUCCCAAAGAUUGAUAUAAAUACUGCCCAAAGAAAUUAUUAUAGUCAAUAUUAAACGUAAAUAACUGCAAAGUAUGUACCUAAUAAUGAACAAUUAUUGGAUGAGGUUUUUGUGAUAUCCGGAAUAAUCAAGGUUGUGCGAGGUAAUUGUUAUCAGCCAAGCCAAAGGCUGAGGCUGAUAACACUUACCUGAGACCUUGAUAAUUUAGGAUAUCACAAAAACUGAAUCUAAUAAUUGCCUUUUUAUACAUUGUUUUGAAGAAAAUAACAACAAACACACUGUCGAAAGGAACCUGAAUUGAUAUUGUUACUGGAAAUCGUGCAUUGCACACGCAACCUACAGAUUAGUCAGUUAUCUGCUAGCAGACAACUAACUUAUCUGUUGGUUGUGCUGGUUUCCAAAAUUAGCUGUAGGCUCUUAGCCAAUUAGAAGACAGGUAGUGAGUACAAUGUACAGUCGACUCCUGAUAACUCGAACCUCGCGCUAACUCGAACCAAAAUCGAUUUCCCCUGGAUUUCCGUCACACAUUCACUGUAAUUUUACCCUCGGUAACUCAAACCAUGUCGGGGAAAAAAGCCGUCUAUGGGCGUCCAAAACAAUUUUGAUUUCCUAUUGACGUGUUAUAGUAGUAUAGUUUACUGGUGGAGGCUGAUGUUGAUUGUCAAAGGGUAACGUGAAGCAGCUUUUCUUCUCAAAACAGUAAAAUGCAUGCUCUAUUUAGGCUAUGUUUUGUUACGUUACGUUCUUAUAUAUAAUCUAGAAGUAUCUUUUAAUUUUCACUUGACAUUUCUACAAUUAAAUGUGAUUGAAAUGUUCACUGUGCAGUAAAAACUGUUUUUUUUGCCUUACUCUUGGCUAUUUUCUUCGAACGCCCGAUAACUCAAACCUUUUUUCGAUUUCCCUUGAAGGUUCUAGUUAUCGGGAGUCCACUGUAUACAAAUCUCUGUUGUCUUUGUGUAGAGCCAAGCCCUGUUGUGUUGUGUCCUUAAUUCUGAAUCUGAAAUCCUAGUUCAGUUCUUGUUGGACUGUCUAGUAACGGCACACUCUGUUACAUGUAAGAACCAAUCAUUAACUAGAGCCAUGGCUAGUUUAUGACUCCUCUGUUUUGUUCUUCAUGCUUGCAGCUAUUGGCAGACGCUAACAGUUAGGACAUCCAUGUUUGGCCACACGAUGGCAGUUCUGCAGUUCAGUCAGCAGAAAAUGACCCAGGUAAAAUGUUUGAACUUUCAUCUUACUUUGUGCCUGCUAGACUGCUAAUACAGCCAUCUCCAUGAAACGUCUCUAGCUCUAGUGGCAAGGAGUGAAAGAGGAUAGCUAUAUUCACAGUCAGGCUACUUAUUUUGUUAGCCAAAAGUAAUAUAUUAUUGUUAAAUGCCUUGUGAACUUUAUACAGCUGUACAUGUACAUGAGCAUGCCCUGUCUCAGGGUCAGGCCUUCAAUGUUAUUGAUAUUAUUCUUUUUCAGGAGGAAAUUGAAGCUGAGAAAAACCGUAUCUGUGAGUAUUUCAAAACUGGGGAAGGCAAAGACGUUCAGCUCACAUCGCUUUAUCUUCAAAUAAACCCUACGAGGUUUGUGUUGCUUAAAUUAUGAAUCAUUAUUAUUUGAGGGUAGCUUAAAACAACUGCAUGCCAGUCAAUUAGUAGCUCCCAGUUAUGUGUUUGUGAUUGUUAUCGUAUAGUAUUAUUCCAGUGUUGUCACCAGGAUUUUGCCUUGGGAGUCCAAGGGCCCCCUCUGUUGAGAAAUAGGGGCCCUGUAAGAACAUUAGGGGGACAAAGUUACUCGUGACCCACGAUUGGUGUGGAAAAAUUCUUUGUGAUUCUUCAUGAUCUGUUGGUGAAUUACUUACCAGAUCCAAUAUGGCAGACGGGGUGUUUACGAUUCGAUUACGGUGCAUGCACCAAUUGUCACAAUGUAUGAGAGACCAACGAAAGUAAGGAAAUAAAAUUGAAGACUCUGAAUCUUUUGAUAUCAUGUCUAUUUUAUUCAUACAACCAAGCAAAAUGCUGGGAUGUUAGGUUGACCAUGAAAACUACAUGUACAUAACUGUUGACGUAGCGCAUCUGCUUGGUUUUUUAUGCGCCAUCUCAGAUUUUCUUGCGGGAAUUCGACAAGCCCGCGGCCUGGUGAGAACACUGAUUAUUACUUACAUAACUUGUUGAUUUUAUUAGUGUUGGUGUGAUUUCCUUUGCAGGGCUGUUGGUGGUAAUGCAGAAGCUCCUUUUGUACACAUCAUGGGUGAAGAGGUGGGUUCAGCCAUGUCCCUUACUGGACCUUUAAAGCAGAAUGUAGGGCUAAGGCUUUUGAAGGAAAGGCACGCUUGAAGCAAACAUUGUAAAUCCUGUCUGAGAUGACAUGAAGAUACUCCUCUUUGCUAAGAACUUGAAGCUAUACAUGUUUGUCCCUAAGAGACCGUGGUCAAAAAACUUUCAGCAAUAUGCAAUGUAAUUAAGCGUGGGAUUGCAUGGUUAUUAUAAACGAUGUUUUUAUGUGAUUCGUUAAAGGAAAUUUUUUUGACAAAGGUACCUCCCUCAAUAUUAUUUUUUUAGCACAUUUAUGAAGAGCUUUGUGGACUGAAGUUCAGAAUCUCUGCAGAUUCGUUCUUUCAAGGUAAGCCUGUUAAAAUGAUUUGUAUUGAAACUUGAAAUUCCAGUAAGGAUAAAAUAUUAUUUGCUUCUCCCUUUAGUAAUGUCACUAUCAUCACCAAUUAACUUUUUAAUUAUUUUGCUAGUUGAAAUUGUUCACUGUGCAAAAAUUGAACAAACACAAAGAAAAUGCAACAAAUGGCAAAGCAAUUUGAGCUGGGUUGUUGUUGUUGUUGUUGUUGUUGUUGUUGUGCUUGGAUUUAAUUAUGAUCGUUUGGAUUUCUCUUAGUUAACACAAAGGCAACUGAAAAGCUGUUUGACUUGUUGAAAGAAUGGUGUGGGGACAACCUGGAUGAGACAGUGGUACUCGGUAGGAAAGAACGAUUUUAUUCAGAAGAGGGGCUUGUUAUACGCAGGUUGAUGCCCCCCUCUCCAAUUCUAUUUCUGCCCAUAACUCUUCUUUCUAGUGUCUGUGCUUGGCUUGAAACAACAUUGAGUUUUAGCUCAGCUUAAUUUACCUUUCCAAGAGACUCAGCUGAAAAUUUUCCUUUGCAUUUUCUGUGUAACAUAAUGCACUCCUGAAAGGAAAUAGAACUCAAAUGAGUAUCGCGUGUAACAGACUGAACUGCUUUAUGACGAAAUGACAGAAAUGGGACAGCUUCAAGUACGGUCAGGCAGUACUUCAGUAGGGGGAUAUGUUUUGCUCCAUGGCAAGACUAGUGUCCCCUUCCUCCCCUGGCUUUGGCGCAACCUCUUUUCUGUUUUGUUCUGAAAAUGUUUAAAGUGACUAUGGAAUAGCGAAAUCUAACUUUUAACUUGCUUUCUUUUAAAACACUAUGUUGUGUCCAACACAAGAGUAUUGACACUUAACAGUCAUGUGACUUUCGAACGUUUUGAUUUUUUAUUUCUAUAUUCCUUUUUCCAAGACAUUUGCUGUGGCACUGGUGCACUUGGACUUUGCUUAGCUCAGGUACUCAUAUGUUACAUCAUUUACAGCAAAUUAUCCAACAGCAGGGCACUAGGGCAUUUUUUAUCUCGUCUCUGUUUUUGUAUGUGGCUAAUAUAUUCCACCUUGCUCUGUCUGUCGAUUCAGUUAUGUGCUACAUCAAAACCGUUCAUUUAUCACCACAUUAACAUAAUCUACACGUAUGCUCUAUUCACUGCAUGUAUAGCCCUUUAACCCGUUCACUGCCAGAGUGUUUGAUGGAGUUUUGUAAGGUGACUAUAACUUUUGAGUCUGUGGACGAAAUCCUGUGAUGUGACUAUUCAAAUGAAACCUCUCCGCCUGUACUUUAACAUGGUGCUAUUUGUUUGUCAAAAUUUUAAAAAAACAAAAUUUGGAAAGUUGGUCGAAAUUUGCCUUUGGCCACAUUUGACAGUCAAAGGGUUUACACCCAAGCGUGAUCACAUCAAUUAUUUCCCAACAAUAUCAAUACAUAAUCAAGAGGAAAGGUUAAAGAAUUAAUAAAAUUAUCAUCAAAGGGAAAUUUCUUUCUUCUUUUAUCAAUUUUUUUCAGGAAAUGUAUGGAGAUCCAUCUGUAUGAAGUAUGUAGAGAUUGGGGCUUAAUUAAAGGGGUGACUUAACAGACGCGUCAAAACCGAUUGUUGAAUUUAUGAUUUUAUCUUUCAGAGUGUUAAACGUGUGAUUGGCGUUGAAAUCAUCGAAAACGCUGUUAAGGAUGCAAAGGCAAACGCAGAACUCAAUGGUGAGUGACAGUUUCUUCCAGUUUUCCGUGACUCCAAAACCCACCUUAUGUUGACUGAUUAAUUCUAUCAUCCAGUUGUGUAAGUGUGUUCUCGGCGUGCAAAAGAAGAAGUGUCCGAUAGCCCGGGGCUAGUGGAUUUUGCUAUCGGGCGGGGCUAGUGAAUUCUGUUUUUAACUUGCCCGACGGGUAAGUGAUGUUUUUUGAGAAAAUCGAAUACGAGAAAAACUGUGAAAUCAAUUCUGCUCAUCAAAAAGAUUUUGGGGCUAGUUGAAAUGACGUCUGGGCUAGUAAUUGCUAGCUUCAGCUUGCCCAAAUGGCAAGCUGUGAAAAUGAUUUUCUUUGCACCCUGGUUCUGUCGAUACAUUGCUGAGGGUAACCUACGAUGGACUAACAUCUCAUUAAACGGGGAACUUGUGAGGGAGGGGGGGUGGGGAGGCGGGGGGUAGCAAAGGGGGUUAGUGACAGCCUAGUAGCCUGAUCCUCUCACCUUUGUUCCCUUUCCACGCCUGCCACCUCACCUGGGCUAUACUUGUACUAUCUUGAACAAAAGACAUGUAGAUGAAAAAUAUAUCUCUCCUCUCCUCUCCUCUCCUCUCCUCUCCUCCAAAUGAAGGAACAGGGUCUUCCAUUCCGUUUCAUUCUGGGCCUAUUUCUACUGAAACCGGGAUUAACUUUGGCCCAGUGGGCGUCAUUGCUGGUUUGUGCCUUUACAUGCAUUUUGCCCCAAAUUAUGUAAUCGUUAAGAAUGCCACUGAAUAAUUUACCUGUACUGUAUUUACUAUAGGCGUCACAAAUGCUCAGUUUGUUUGUGGUAAGGCAGAGGACAUAAUCGUUGACGUGUUCAAAAACAUGCCACGUAAGACAAAAAUCAUUGGCAUCAUGGACCCGCCUCGUGCUGGACUGCGUAAGUAGAAUUAAGCAACAUUUAAAGCAGACUCAAAGAUUUAAUUAGACCCAAAGCUUUAAGCCACCUUGAAGUUACUGCGAUCCAGCUUCAUUAGAAUGGUCACACUCGAGAAUCUUAGUGAAAUUAUAAAAGUUAAACGGCGUGAAUGCGUGACACCUCAUUUACUGUACUGCUCAAAAGUACAUUAAUCUGUAGUAAUUGCGUCCAGGCUCCCUCCUCUUGUAUGAACAAUGGAAACUGGAGAGGCCAUAGUAACGAGGUUGUUGUGUAUUUUGUCUCACAGACCAGUCAGUUCUUGCAGCUGUAAGGAAGAGCCGUCGAAUGGAUAAGCUAAUCUACGUGUCUUGCAACCCAAGUGCAGCUUUCGUUAACUUUCUUGAGUAAGAAAUCUGUAUUUUAUGCUAAGGAAUAUUAAAGUAUGGUUAUCUUUAAUGUUUCCCUCCCUAUUUGUCGUGUUGACGAGACUGAAGCUCGUCCCCAACUCCUCCUCCCAAGAAAACUAACCUUAUUGUCGGCUAUUACUGCUAUGCAGGUCUUGUUUGUGUUUGUGUGUUUCUUUAUUGUAUUAAUGUUAUUACUUCGUACGAGGAAGGAAAAUACAGUCGAAGCUCUUGUAAGCGACUACCGGGUUAAAAAGUUGGAGGAAGGUUUCGGCGUUUUCUCGCUGCUCUGACUGGGGAAAUGUUUUGUUGGUACUGAACUGUAUAGUGGUUGGUUGCUUAAGUGAGGUGGUCGCAUGUGGAGGCAAAUAAACUGAAUCGUUCUUAGUCAUUGAACUGUACAGAUCGUUUUUAGGCAGGUCUAAUGUGUACUUCUUCUUUUAGUUUGUGCAGACCAACAUCGAAGAGAAUCAAAACAGCACCAUUCAGGCUGGUGAAGGCCGUCCCAGUAGAUCUGUUCCCGCACACCAAACACUGUGAACUGCUGCUGUUGUUUGAGAGGGACAUGACGUCAGUUGACGCGGCCAAGUUUUACAAGUGGUACUACUAACUGACAGGCUUUAUGUUAUCAACACGCAUCUUCUCAUUACCAUUGCUAAUGCAUUUGUUUUGGUCUUGAUAAGGGGGAUCUUUUUACAACUCAUAGCAUUUAAUCCUUGGUGAUAAGUUUCUGAUAUGUUUCAUAUUAUAACCAUCUUAUAUAUGUUUUUGAGCAGUGAUUUUACAAGGUCAAAUUAGAUUUUCAGCAAAAUUAGGAUUUGAAAAGUUUACAAAUCUUUUUAAGUCUGAUGACUAGCUUGUUCGCAGGUUCUUUUCCUCGAAGACGAGAGAACCUAGUGGCGCCGGGAUUUUUAACCUCUCCGUCAUCAGUAUUAACUAAUGUAUGACUUGUUAAACUGUAAUAGGUGUGUUUUAUUAAGCUUAGGUAAAUUGUUUGAGGUUGUUCAGUAAUGUUUCAUUUCGCUAUUGGGUGUUUCUAUUGUGUGCACCUAAGGUUGUAUAAUCCUUUCUCGGAAGUUAGUUUUAAAAGUUAGUUAAGAGCAAUAGUUGUUUUAAACAUGUGUAAUUUGAUAUGUUGCAUCGACGAAAAACAAGCGACAAUAGAAUGGCUACUUUUCAGUUUUUAGGGCCCUAGACUUAAUCCAGUAGCUUCUGAAUUUACUACCAGUAUACCCCACUAUGCAAAGGGACUCGCUUUCCUUAUGACUUGCUAAUACUAGUACUUAAACCUUCAUAUUAUAUGUUAUACUUAAAUAUUUCCAAUGAUUCAGCUUUGAUAUUGUUUUGUUUUAUUCUUUUUACAUCAUACUCUAUGUUCUGCAAAACCGUGCCACAGAAUAAUUGUUUUUGCAAACGAAGGUGAACCGAAUUGGCUGCUCGGUUUAGCAGACGUUCGUGGUGAAGGAACACGUAACGUAACCCUAAGAACAUCUGAGUGGCACCGAGCUAAGUGCAAUUUGAAGCAGGAGAACAUAGAACCGUACUAUAACGUGCAAUAUCAAACCGGAAAAUACUUUAAUGAUGCACAACAUCUACUCUAUAAACCACGGCGAUUAGGAUAGUGUUCGUAUCGUAGCAGGUGUACUUAAAAAGAAGGACUCGCACUGACCCACCGAUAUUUCUCUGUUUCUCUCCAGGUAAAAUGAAAGCUCCAAACCAAGGCAUUCUUAACCGGGUGAAGUUGAUUUUUUAUCUAGGUGAUUUUCAGGCUAGCACAUACCUGGAGAAUUUCGUGAUCAAAAUUUUAUUCGUGAAGAAUUUUUUUCAAGUAUUAAUCUUUUCAGCAUUGCUCUCACUGAUGGUGUGCUCGCAAGUAAAAAUAUUCUUUGUGUGUUUCUCGCGGAAAUGGUCUAGCAAUCAAGACAUAGCGGCAUUCUAAGCGCAGUUUAGUAACACGAAUGUCUGUGAAAUGGUGUGUACCCCUAGAGUACAGUUGUUUUAACUUCGCCCUUAAAAAAUUACUCGCUUUUUGUAGUUGUAAACACCACAUACAUCUUCUUCAAGUCAUUUGCGUAUCUAUGAUUACAUGUACGUGGCUGUGAUUACCGCCAUUAUUGUUGACGGUUCUCUUGUUUGCGAAAGGAACCUUUCUACGAUAGUUUACACAACACAAAGAAGUUUUACCUUCCGAUUUAACCGUAUUUAUAUUUGUUAGCACUCGC